AUUAUUGAAAAAUUUAGACCAUAAAUGCUAGCCUUCAGGUCAAAGCUUUGCACGAACAAAUUCAGAUUCACAAACAAUGCCCUUUUCGCAGUGGCGAAAAGGGGAUUUGCCAAGAGGAAAAAUAGGAACAAAGUUGUCAGAAAUGAACUUCCUGGCCUGAGGAGGUCAGUUUAUACAGAAGGACAUAAUACUUCAAAUAUUGAUGAAGAAGUGUAUGUAGGCCCAACCUGGGUAAUCUGUCCAAAGGAUACUUAUAACCCAGAUGAAGAUCUUAGGAGUAGUCAUAACUGGAUCAAGAAGGAGCUUGAAAUCUCAUUGAAAUAUAGUUUCCCUCAGCAUACUUCAAGUACUCACAGAGGGAAAGAAUUUAGCAAUAAAUUCUUCUUUAAACAUCCUAAGUUGGAUAAGAUGAAUGGGGAGAAAAUUGAGGAUUUUAUAUAAGAACGAAUGAGAUACAAAGAAUCAUGGUCUUUACUGAUGGCUGGACAGAUGAAGACUAUAAUACAGAAUACGGCAAGAUGUAUAUUAGCCCUGCAGGUAGAAUCAUCAGUGGCUCUCCAGAAAAUAAUACACGAAGUGAUAAAGACAUACCAGAGGGUUACACCGAGGUCAAACUCCCUGUGGCAUAUCUUCUUCGAGAUCUCAUCACUGAGUGAGCUGAGUUAGAUUAUAGACAAGUCUUUGUAUUUCAAAAUUUGAAACAUUACUCUCAAAUCCUUACUAAUAAAGAAGGAGAUGUUGCCAUUGACUCUCAGGAAGCAGUUAACAAGUUGCUCUCUUUGGCACACAAUAGUGAUAGGAAUCCAGAAAUGUACAACAAAUUGAUCAUCACUUCUUUAAUGAACUCAAUGAAAGGGGUUAAGAAUGUGCAUUCUGUUUAUUUCCCUCUAAUCCUAGCUUAUUCGAAUCCAGGAAUGAACUCUUCUGCUUAUAUGUUGUAUAAAAUGUUACUGAAAGGGUUUGAUAAGUUUCAAAUUUCUCCAGAGGCAACUCUGGUACCCCCACUGCAGAACGAAUUCUCCUUCCUCACGUCUGAAAGAGCCUGAAAGAUGAUUGGAGAUAUGAUCAGAGUAAAUAAGUUUAUCAGCCCUUAUGGAAAGAAGGAUCUCCCGAAAGACAUCUUUUUCAGUGGGUAUAGCAUCCAAAUGCAUGACUUUGCAGCAGCUAUUUCCGGCUGCUUGAGCACUUUUAAAUACGAACUCGACAACUCUGCACUUGAACUUUACAGGUAGGUGAAAAAGUAUGAUCUCUUUCAGCCCAGAAACAGUAAACAACCUCAAAGCUUGGCCUUCUAGAAUUCAUCAUCAGAAGAGUGAUGAGGUUCUGGGGGUCGACCAUUCUCCUCUUUAUGGCACUCGUAAGUAUCAAGGAAGCUUUAAAAAUAUGAUGAUGGACUACUUAGUAAACCAUAUGUU